UACAUGUAGAAGAAUAGAGCCCAAAAUCUUGAAAGUAAAAUAUUGCAAAUCAUGUGUGGUAUAAAAUCUUUAUCAAAUUAUCAAAAAUGAAGGCACUCAUGCAUUACAAAUGAUUAAAACGAACAUUUUCAAAGUAAUCACCGUACAGUCUCUAAAUAAAGACCAAUCGACCAAACGAUCUGAUUGUUGUUAUGACUACCUUUUGUAACCCCCAACUAAAUUUAUACAUUAUAUCGCACAAUCUGUGACAUUGCACACCGAAGUCUGCACUUCAAGGGUAAUACAAUGUCACAUAAAACUUACAAUGAACUUUUCAAGAAGACCCAAGAUAUUCUUAACGAAACUUUGCAGUUGGAACCUGUGCAAGCUGAUAGAAGGGAUGAUAGAGAUCUUUUGGCAAAUCUAUACGUGAGAUAUAUCGGUAUCUGCAAUAGACUAUCAAUAUGUGUGGACCAAGUUGUCCAGCCUCAAAAAAGAAUGCUUUUACUAAAACUACUCGAAGCAGCAUUAGGAAGAAUUUUGGAAUUAAAAACAGAUUUAGUCGAAGCAGAUUUAAAUGAAUUUACCCAUUGCGGUGAUACUAUAGAAAAUUUAAGAAUUACGCCAAUUGACAGAGAGCUAAUUGUACCAGAGUGUUUUACAAGAGAGAGGCAAGAAGAGAUUGAGUAUAAUAAAAGAGUUAUAGAUGAGGUUCUUUCUAAACUAGGUUAUCUAGACAAAACCCCUAAGAAAACACCCAUGACAGAACAACAAGCAAUUUUGAUCAUUCAAAAACACGAGCGGGCUCGGCAAGGUAGGCUUCGCCAGCAAUUUAUGAAAGAGAUUAGAACAAUGAAAGAAAAGAGUAAACCAGUGCAAGAAGACGCAGAAGAAGAGGCUAAGCGUGGAGGAAUUAGUCUGACAGCUGCUAUGAAGAUCCAGAAAAUUUGGAGAGGGUAUAUUGCCAGAAGAGCUACUAGGAGAAGGAAGAUACAAGAGAUGUUACUCAUAGGAAUGAUUCCGCCGCUAAAGACAAAAAGUGUUGAAAUCGAAAAGGAUUUGGAAAACAAGAACUACAGGAGGAAGUUACAAGUGGAACGACGGAAAGAAUAUGAAAAAUCUGUCAAAAACAUUAGGGAAAGUCUGGAGAAAAAUCAGAGGGGAGCAGUCCUGGAGCAAUUAAGCGAUCAAGUACGAGCAUGGCUACAAGAAUAUAAAGCCACAACAGGAAAAAUACCUGAAUACACUGGAGAAGAUAGAAGUGCUUCUAGGAACUUAUUAAGUAGACAAGGAACGGAUAGUGAGUUGAGCAAGUCAACCCAAAUUUCUUCAAAAGAGUCUAAGACCAAAAAAGACAAAGGAAAAACUAAAGAGAGCAAGGCAGAUGAUGUAGAAGAAGAUCAAUCUACGAAAGCACUGGUAUCGACAUUUGUUCCUGAGUUAAAUCUAAGGAAAGAAGAGUACGAUGAAGUCUGGAGGAAUAAAGAUGAAUCUGGAAACUUCCGACAAUAUCACUAUAGGUAUAUUAUCGAACAAGAGCAAAUGGCAGAAAUGGAGAAUGAGUUAAGAAAAGUUGUUGAUGAAAUGAUGAGAGCAGAAUUAGAACUUCUACAGGAAGCAUUUGAUAAGGAUAGGGGACAUAAAGGAAAGAAGAAAUCAAGUAAAAAAGCCAGGAGGGGAGGUAAAAAAAGUAAAAAGAAGAAGGAAAAAGAUUUAACUCCCGACAGGACAACGGAAUCACUGUUUGAGGAGUUAGUGGCUAAUGGAAUCAUAAAAAAAUAUCCAGAAGUUAGAAUAACCGAUUUCCAAGGAGAGAUCUCGUUCUACCCACCAUCCAAAUAUAACGUCGGAUCCGAUCCUCCUAUUGCACUUGGCGACAUCCGACAACUACUCUUAGAAUACUGCGUGGUUCCAUUCCUGACCCCAAAUCUACAUCAAACUACUCCACAUGUAAAAUCCCUCUUAUUGACAGGGAGCAAGGGAAGCGGGAAGAAAAUGUUGCUACAUGCUGUUUGCACCGAAACAGGAUCGGUACUAUUUGAUUUGACUCCAUCUAAUAUCGUUGGGAAAUAUCCAGGCAAGUCUGGAUUGAUUAUGCUUAUUCAUUUAGUUCUGAAAGUAUCCAGAUUACUUCAGCCUUCUAUUAUCUAUAUGGACAAUGCGGAGAGGCCUUUCGUUAAAAAGAUUCCUAAGACCGAUAAGAGUGAUCCUAAAAGAUUGAAGAAGGAUUUGCCAAAAGUGAUAAAAAAUUUCAGUCCUGAAGACCGAGUAAUGUUAAUAGGUACAUCCAAUUUCCCUUGGGAAUGCGACCAGAAAAUGUUACAACAAGUGUAUCAGAAAUUUAUUAUGAUACCGUCUCCAAACUACAGUUCUAGGUAUACGGCAUGGAGUAACCUUCUUGGCCAAUAUAUGCCUGUAAAUUGGCAGUUUGAUAUGGGUCUCAUGACAAGGAUAUCUGACGCAUAUACUAUAGGAUCGAUAAUAAGUACCAUUAACGAAGUGAUGACAGUCAAGAGGAUGCUUCAACUUCGAAUUCAUCCGUUGAGUCCCUUAGAGUUAGUAAACGCUUUAUGCAAGAGAACUCCAAUAUAUAAAGAAGAAGAAGAAGCCUUCGAACAAUGGUGGUCGAAGGUACCGACAGUAAGAAAAAGAACAAGAGCAGUGGAACUGUUGCAGGAAGAGCAAGCAGAGUUGGCGGCUAAACAACAAGCAAACGCUAAAAAGAAGAUGUAAAUAUUGUGAUCUUGAAAAUUAAUUUUGUAUUGUAAUUUUAAACAAGGUUACAUAAGUACAAUGUAUUAAAUUAACCGAUAAAAUAGUAGUUAAACAUUAAAAUGAUCAAUAAAAAUUAAGUAUCAUUUUUGUAACAUUUUUAUAGUUUUAAGAUUUUCAAAAAUUUUUAAACAAAUUGUAUAUCUACAAGGUGAG